AUGGAAGCGUUGAGGAGAUGGUGGGAUUUCAGCACAGAAGGUAGAAAAUGGGCUGCUAAGAUACUGAACAUUAUAGGUGCAUUGAAGUGUAUAGGUAGCAUUAAUGUGGCCACCAAGGCAGCCCUCAAGAGCGAGCCAGUCAUGGGCAGCGUGAAGAAGCCGCACUGCUACCAGCCUGGCACCGUGGCACUGCGUGAGAUCCGCCACUGCCAAAAGUCCAUCAAACUGCUCAUCUGCCAGCUGCCAUUCCAGCGGCUGGUGCGUGACAUCGCACGGGACUUCAAGACCGACCUGCGCUCCCAGAGCUCAGCCCUCACGGUACUGCAGGAGAUGUGCAAGGCCUACCUGGUGGGGCUCUUUGAGGGCACCAACCUCUGCGCCAUCCCCACUAAGCACGUCACCAUCAUGCCCAAGGACAUCCAGCUGACAAGUCUGACAGAUCUGGAGCAUUUUAAUCUUCAUGGUUGGCAGAUCUUUCACUUGGAAAAAGGAAUGAGGAGAAACAGCCAAAGAACUUUGAGAAAACUCAAACUCAAUGGGAAAAGAGCACUCUAG